AUGGAGCACCAAACGACAAGAGUAUCAGAUCUCACACGCAAUAUCCCGUCAUUUUGUAUGCUUAAUGAAUUGCUACAGUCUACGAAAAUUAAGGACGACGAGGAGGCCGUGAUGGUAACACGUAUGUGUGUGGAUCCACGGCAUGUGGAGGAGUUUGAGCGUUUGCUCCGCAUGAUUCUUAAAGCGACGCACACUGUGGGUCAUGUGUCCACGUGCGUUGUGCGGCCACCACUUGGAGAAUGCAUGUACACUUCAAUUGUCAAGUAUUCUAAACUACAGGCCAUACGUCAAAUGUAUUCAUCGACAGUCGAAAGUGACGUGGAGCUUUUCAAAUUACUGGCAGCACGUGAUUCGCUGUUGUUAGAACCUCCAACGUAUCAAAUUGAAGCAGGUUUUGGCACAUGGAUUGAAGCAAAUGGUAAUACAAAGCCAAUGCGAGGCGAAGAUGAUAAUCUUGUGUACCAGAAUGUUCCUGGUCCGUGUUGCAAUGAUUCUUGUGAAAAUCCACAUGGUUUAAAUGUACGUGCAUCUUUCGUGAUACCAACGAAAGAUUUUCAGCUCUUUAGAUCGCGUUACCAGCGCAACAACAAAAAAGGAGGUCAGAAAAAUUUACGCUGCUUUCCAUGCUGUCGAAAUGGACGACAUAUAAGCUCUGGAUUCUGUGGCGAUUCUAUUCGAGUGCAUGUGGCUGUCAGUCGUUUAACAAAGUCUGGUGGUGUCAAGAUUUGUCCAAUACAAACGCUUCGUCCUGCUGUUUUGGCAUUUGCGCGACAAUUGACAAGACGGACAUAUUUGUUUAUGUUCGGAACGCGUGGCGCUGCGAUGGAGACGUCAUCUCAGUCGGCUAUUUUUGAGUUUAAUGCUGAAUGUAAGGCGUGGCACUAUGGUUGGACUGCUCCGCGUGGCCAAGGGGUAUCUGGUAGUGAUGCGCAACACGUACUCGAAGUGCUCUUUAUGAAACCCAUGGGCUCGUACAUGUACUGCCUUGAGCGUCUACGCUCGGACAGUUUUUCUAUCUUUUCGAGCCGAAGAGCUAGUCACGCGCCCAUCAAGCCUGAUACAGAAGCAUAUGAGAACAAUUACACCACUGACUGCAGAAUCAUGAAGCGAAAGCGCGCUUCUAUUAUGAAAGCAGAACUCCCCGCGCACUCAUUACAGGCUCAAACCUCGAAGCCACCAAAGCUCGCACUACAGGCUCAAAUUGUAGAUAAACUGGCAUCAACAGUCAUCCCAUCCUCUCUCAAUAAAGAUCAGACGGAUGGAAUAGAUCGUGACACCGCAAACACGUGUUCAAAAAUGAUCGACGUGCAACCUUGUAAGAUGGAGACAAUUUUCGACUCGGUUCCUUUGUCAUCUACUACUUCAGAAGACCGAGCAGCGUCAGGCUUUGAUUACCGUGACUUCGAUUCCUUAAUGGAAAGUGAUAAUGUGGAACACACUCAGCUUUAUACUCAGCAAAUACGUCAUCAACAACAACUUAGCCUCCAAUCGCAACAGAUGCAGAAUUUUCAGCAAAGUCAAGACCUACAGCGGCAUCAAUGCCAGCAGCACGAGUUACUACGGCACCAACAGCAACUCCUUCAGCAACUCUCUGAGCAAAUGAUGAUCAAUCAGCAGCAAGAACUGCAAGAUCGUGGAGGACUUGCGAAUCAUUCGCUAUUUCAGGAGGAGAAGCCCGCUCGACGAGUCGUUUCAACGGAGGAAGUGCCAUGGUCUGAGCUAUACAAUCUAUUUGAUUCGACCCCUGUGUCUCAAAUGUAUACCAAUGAUGAUCUUGACCAAGACAAGAAGACUUUCCAGGAUUAUGAAAGAAGUUCAAGCAUUUCUCCAAUUGCAAAUUUAGGAAUAGAUUCGGCUGCCAGCUCAAGAAUGGCAUCUCUUUCCAUUACCCCAUCUCAACAGGCAGUUUUGAAUUACUUAUAA